GAAAAAGCCCGUCCCCUUAUCUAAGCUCAUCAAUUCGAUCCCUAGUGUAUAUCAAUUUCUAGUCUUUUCCUUCCGCCAAGAUUACUUCUCCUAUUCCGACGGAAAAUGCUGCGCCACACGGCAUAUCGGCUUUUGGGUACAUUUUCUUCUUCCUCCUCCGCCCUGUCAUCAUCGCCGGCGGGUGCGUUACCACAUCUUCACAGGAGGCUCUACCACGAGAGAGUUGUGGACCAUUACAAUAACCCCAGGAAUGUCGGAGCUUUUGACAAGAAUGAUCCGACUGUUGGAACGGGGCUUGUAGGUACUCCUUCUUGAGGCGAUGUCAUGAAGCUUUAAAUUAAAGUUGAUGAUAAGACCGGAAAGAUUGUCGAUGCCUGCUUCAAGACUUUCGGCUGUGGCUCCGCUAUUGCUUCUUCUUCCGUGGGUUCGUAUCGAUUUUUCUUUUUGUUUUCCUAAUUUAUUGUUUGCUACGGAUAUUUUGUUAUACUUGAUUUUUUUUAAUUUUGUUUUUUAUUGAUGGGAUUGUGUUAUUGUAAAUAAUUGUGGAAGCUAUCCUGCUGCAAUGGUUGUGGAUUUAGGUUAUAUGGUUAUUUUUCUUCUGUUGGAUUCUUUAGUGUAAUUAUUAGAUAGACGAUUCCUAAUUUCCAAAGCGCUCUAGAAAAUGAAAUAUUUAACAUUUUUAUGUUGGAAUUAGACGCACGGGUUUAUUCAUUUAUCUGAGGGAAUUCAGAUGGCAAUUAUAUGUCUGCUAGGGACUUUGAACCUAAAUCACGAAUUUUGUACUCCUAAGUCUUUUCAGUGCUGAAACAUGAUUUGAAACUUGGGCUGAUAGAGUAAUAUCAAGGCAAGUUUAUUUAGAUUUUUCUUUGCAAUUUUUUUGAUCCAACGAGAACAAAUAGUUACGAUCCAUGGAAAAGAAUAGAUAUCUCAUGUCUUAGAAGGUUGUGGAUGCUUUUUUAUUUAUUUUUAUUUACAUAUUGUGGGUAUUGGACUUGAGGUCUCUGCCCUUAGCUUUGAGGAUUAGGUUAACUGAGAUUGCGUAUUGGAUAUGUGUGCUUCGUUUCCAUGUCAUAUUGGAAGGUUGAUAUUCUCACUGGUACAUUUAUAUCUCGGCCGUAAGUGUGUAUGUGUGUGUGUGUGUUUUUUUUUUUAAAGCAUGCAUGGGAUUUGAAUCUUUUUCUUUUCCACUGUUGGGCACUGAUAGUCAAUAUGUUUUUUUGUAUCCUACUUUGUUGUGAACACUGCAACUUGGUGACCGUGUUUUAUUGUGCUUUAUUGGUAAUUGUUGUUGGUUGGCCAUUUUAUAAAGGUUACCCAAAUUUUAUCAUACCUUCAGCGCUGCUUGUGUUUCCUAAGAAAUUCCUAGACUUUUUCCUGCUACUUUCAGCUACUGAAUGGGUUAAAGGGAAGCAAAUGGAGGAAGUCCUUACCAUCAAGAAUACAGAAAUAGCAAAACAUCUCUCUCUUCCUCCAGUCAAGUUGCAUUGUAGUAUGCUUGUUGAGGAUGCUAUUAAAGCCGAUGUAAAGGACUACGAAGCAAAGCGUGCAAAGAGAAAUGAAGCUCCAAAGGAAUAAGCUGCUGAUGGUUGGAAUUUUCUGGCAUCACAAUUCACAACCAGGUUGCUGGGGCAGUUCUUUCUUAGAGGCCGUGAGUAAGAGAAAACAAUAAAGAAGCAGUUAAUGAGUAUGAUGGAAACUGAGCUUUUAGGCUGCAGUGGUUUUUUAGAUGCCCGGCUUGUCUGUAGCAUAUAUCCUAUGUAUGAUUUGUGCAGUCCUAUUGUAGCUCGCGCACUUUUUAACAAAGUGAAAUAUUUCCUUAUUAGCUUUUUCUACUACCAAAUUAAUAAAUUAUAGUUCCAAUCCUCUUCACUCUAUGGACACUGAAAUCAGACAAUAGUGUUUACAAACCUAAUGAAAUAUAUAAGUACCUAAGUCGGA